UGUGAAGUGAGUAGUUAAUACUAUAGGUAAAACAAGAAAAAAAAGAGUAUCAUUCUCUUAAUAUGUUAAGUAAAAGUAAAAAUAUAUUUUAGAAAUACUGGAUAAAUAAAAGUGAACGGAAAAAGUAAUAAAAAGACGAUUUUAGACCAAUCUUGUCCCUUAAGGAAAGUGAUUGUCAUUUUUCCAUCCAAUCUCAGUCCUUGAGUACCCUUUCCUCUCCCUUGGCCAAAAAGUAAAGGAACCACGCAACACCAUUUAACCCCAACACUUGAAUGAAGUUGGGAUUUUCAUCUUCCGCCUCUUCGUCGCCGGAUACAGUUGCUGGACCAUCGGCUACAGUGCGGAGCGAUUUCGAGUUUAACUGCACCAUCUACUGAUUCCGUUAAUGUGCCUUGUAAAACUACUACUACUCCCUCCUUGCUUUCUGGUAGUGCUUCUUCCGCCUCUCCGUGGGCGGUACAGUUACCGGAACGACUUUCAGUUCAACUGCACCAUCUACUGAUACCGCUACUAUGCCUCUGUUUUCGAAUGCCAGCUGCUCAACAGAGAUUUCUUCAUCGUCUUCGGUUUCGGCAAUGACUACUACAGUAACUGCCACGUCAGCGUCUUCUCUCUCUGGAAAAGCAUCUGCAUCAACUUCUUCUUCUUCUUCUUCACAACAACAACCGAUCGCCUCUGCAACGGAAUUUGUAACUGUCCCUGAUAGCUGCCCCCCCGAGAAGGACGAGGUUGCUGCAAUUUUGGCAAGGCAACGUGAGAAGUUUUUGUCCUGCCAAGCUGCUAGGCCAGCUCAAGGCAGAGGGGAAAAUGAAAGGCACGCUUGGGUCUUUGGAGCCACGGGGUUUGAAAGUACAAGCUCAAACAAGCCCGUCGGUGAUGCUGCUCAUAUACCUGCUGCUACUGCUGAACAGAAGUAUGGAGAGUCCAAGCCGUGCAGUGUUCCCAGCUCGCAGCCUGCUGGGGAGGAGGAGCCUUACCUUCCACCUGUCGAUCUUCUGGACUCAACAAUCGAUAUGUGGGUACGGGUUGUCGCGAAUAAGAAGACAGAUCAAGAGGUCACUGAAGAGGGGCUUAGUCACUUUUACGAUGGCAUUAACUAUUUCUGUCUUCUGUCUGAACGCCUUCAAGUAGUCACUGACAAGUAUAACGAGGCGGUAAAAGCCUAUAGGAAGCUCGAGGACUCUGAAAGGGAGAGGCUUGAACAUGAGUUGCAUGGGGCUGCAAACACGAUAACCACUCUCACUGAUGAGAAGGAAUCCCUUUUGCAGGUCCAGAUGAUCCUUCACCAGAAGAUUUUCGAGCUUACAAAGGAAUUGAAGGAGGCCGGUCCUGCUGCUAUCCAGAAAUACAAGGCCUCCUCUUUGUACAGACAGGAACUCAUGGAGUAUGCUGCUCCUUACAUGGGAAAAGGGGUGAAGCUGGCCGUAGAGAAGAUCAAGGCUAAAGACCCCACGUUUGACCUGAAGACCUACGGCCUGGAGAUGUACAUUCUUCCUCCUGAAGCUGAUUACGACGAAUUCUCAUCAAACAAGGAAGGUGAUGGUGGUGCCGAUCAGGAUCAGAAUGAGGUGAAGCCAAGUGCUGCAGCUUGAACAUUUGGUGGAAGGAGCAAGUUUAUGAGAUUUUGUUCAUAGAUGUGUUGUUGACGUAACUGCCGAAGAUGGCAAUGAUCCCCUGAGCUUAGCAUGAAGCUCUUUUUGUUUUACCUAUGCUUAGCCAAUGCUACUUUUUUGGCUACUCUGUCUCUGUAACUAGUAUGUUUUGCUGCUGCAUGGAAAUUUAUGGAGGCGUUAAUAGAGUAUGUAAUGAAUGUGCUAAGAUCAUGUCUCUGCAGUAUAUAAGAUGUUACUUUUGUCUGUGCA